ACCUCCGUAUUGCCCUAUCGAGUUACCGCUUUGUAAACAACUAUGGGUUAUGAAAUACAGUGGUGUCACGCACGAACGAGUAUGAUUAGACGGUAUGAGUAUUAAUUUAACUGGUUCAUUUGCAUACAAAUUAGUAAUAGCAAUAAUUUAUAACUUAUCAUCUUACGUUUCUGGCAACGCGAUGGUGAAAUAAACCGGAAUACAUAUUUGUGUGUGCGAAGUGUACGGCUUAAAUAACUUUAAUACGGAUAUUUUGUAUUGAUUAAAUAUUUUUUAGUUGAGAAGUGCUCAGGUACGCCUAACACACGGUGGUAUAGGACUUAAUAAACUACCGAUUAAUAUAGUCACGAAAGUGGCGGUAUUUUCGGAUAAGUAUGGAUUUCCGGAACAUAGAGAGUUUCAUCGGUUCGCCGGGAUCAGACGGGUUGAGAUUUUCGCCGUCUCCUCCGGUUGAAAGUCCCCGGUCCUAUAUAAGUCUCGAUGAUCAACAACACAAGCCGACAAGACCGACAUGCCAGGGCUGCCGGCGCGAGAUUCACGAGCGCUGGAUGCUGCACCUGGGAGACUGUCAAUACCACGUGACCUGUCUGAGGUGUCUCACGUGUCAGCGCACGCUCGAGACGCAGUCCUCGUGCUUUUUCCGGGACGGAAUGGUGUUCUGCAAGUACCAUUAUAUCAGUCGCUACGGUACCAAAUGCGCCCGAUGCUCGGAGCCCCUGCAGCCUUCUGAUUGGGUGAGACGAGCACGUGACUUGGUGUAUCAUUUGGACUGCUUCCGAUGCGGCACCUGUCACCGGAAGUUAACCACUGGCGACACAUGCAUCCUAAAAGGCGACACGAUGGUGUGUCCCGACCACAUACUUCCGCAAGGGAGCCUCGACGAAACGGAUAAUGUCUCAAUAUCAUCUGUUGAUUCCGAGAGUCGCGGCUCGGAAUCGUCCGAGGAGAAGCCACCGGGGAGCACCGGAAGUGGCGGCAGUGGUGGCGGAAAGCGGCAGCGCACGAGCUUUACAGCGGACCAGGUGGCGACGCUGCUAGAAGAGUUCCGCCGGAACCAGAAUCCUUCACCGGAAGACCUGGAACGCAUUUCGGAUCUCACUGGACACACGCGGAAAGUCGUCAUGAUAUGGUUCCAGAACGCGCGUGCGCGGAACAAGAAAAUGCUGCUCCAUGGGGGUCAGGGGCCGCAUUCCACCAAGAAAGGCAACUCGCGGCCCCUGUGGGUGUCUGUUUCUCGUAGUCCCGGUUCGGCGCAGUUUGUAGAGUAGAAGACCGCAUUCACCAAUUUCAUCGCAAACGAUAAUGUGUUUUUUUGUGUGCAAAAAAACACUCAAUAUUGUUUAAUUUUGUGCAGUUUUACUUUUUUGCCAAAGAGCAACCGUCUACAAGACUGUUGUGAUAAAAGGAUUAUAAUUAUUGUUUAUUUCCUUUCUUUAACGUGCGUCUGUGAACAUGUAUAUAGAUUUGUGAAAGGUAUCAUCGUUAUAAAUUCGUUAUUUAUUAUUUCAGUCUUCAUAUAUGUGUGUGCUAUUUUGCAUAUGUUAAUAAACCAUGUACGCAAACUCUACGUGCCGCCCGCUAUUCGGCGUCGGCGGAAGUAUACAUUCUGUUCUUGCAUUCAUUUAUUGCUUUAGUGCGUAUGAAAAUAGUUCUUCUGUAAUAUGGCAACCAUGGAACUUGUUGAUUAACUUGUUCCGCUGUGUAUUUUGAGCUUUUGUAUGUUUGCACCGGUGCUAACCAAGGCCAUAAUUGAAUGUUUAGUUAUUUAAUAUUUAUUUAUUUUCACAUUUAGUAAUCAGUCAACAUUGAAAGUUAUUAUUCGAUUAUUCGUAUAUGUAAAUAGUUCUUCCUCCCAUUUUUCAUUACGUUUUUGUCUAGAAGACUUCGUUCUUAUGGAUAAUUUUGUCUGGAUUUAUAGUAUUUUUGUUUUGCAGAAAUCAUUUGCAUGUUUUUUUUAGAAAAUACUACACAUUGUGAUUUCAUAGCAUCAUUGUACUCAAACAGGGACAUGUACUCAGUGUAAAUAUAUCGAUAAUUGUUCAACAUUAUCCAUUUUAUUGUCCCCUACUUAUGAUUUGCGCUCUGUGCGUCAGUCCGCCACACAUUUCUGGAUCCUGCGAUAACUUUAAAAGUUCUUCAUAUUUUUUCAUGAAACUUGAAACAUGGAUAGAUGGCAAUAUGGAGUUUAUGCACGUUAUUUCAUGUUGUUCCUACGUCAAGAUUGCUGGAUGCAAUGGCAACACAUAGACUAGAAAUAUGAACAAAUAGAGUAGGAAUAUUGCUGAAAAUAGUGAAUCCUGCAAUAACUUUAAAAGUUCUUCAUAUUUUUUCAUGAAACUUGAAACAUGGAUAGAUCGCAAUAUGGAGAAUAUGCACGUCAUUUCGUUUUGUUCCUACGUCGAGAAUUCUGGUUGCUUUGUCAACAAAUAGUAGAAAUAUUGCUGAAAAUUGUGAAGUUUCACCGGUAGGGGACUUACAUUGCUUAGAAAUAGUCUUGUUUUAUUUGUUAUUUUGAUGGUACACGUAACAUAUACAUUUAGCUGUUAAUAUUGAUACUUUGAAAACGCUUGAUGUGUAUUGUAUUGUGGUAUGAGGUAAGAAAUCGAGGAAUGUUACAAACACCAGUGCGUUGAUGUUAUGAUACUGAGAGUGAAAAUAGUUCAUUCACCUUUUGUUAGUUUAUACAAGUGCUAUACAUAUCGAUGUAUAUAAACGAUUGGCUAUUUCGCUUUACGAUAAACAUAAGGGGUAGUUGAAAACGGAAGCAUGACGUUUUUAGCACACACAGUUCUUUAUAUACUAUUGUUUAAUUAUGAUAAUGAUUAAAUAUUAAUGGUGUUUGUAAAUAUUUGUUCUCUACACAACGGAUUGUAUAUUUAAAACGCAUUGAUGUAGAUAACGUAAUAUAAUUAUAUAUACCUUGCGCUAAUUGUAUUGUUUGAUAUUCCUGUUUACAUGUGUCAAAAUGUUGUACAUAUAACCUGUUUAAGUUAAUAAAUGGAAUUGUUUACUACACA